CUUACAUCGAUUUUGGCUGUAAUUAACACGAUAACGUUAAUCGGAAAUAUGCUUAUUGUCACAGUUUUCUUCAAGACCCCCAGCCUAAAGACAAGCACAAAUUACUACAUCGUGAACAUGGCCGUCUGUGACCUCCUCAGACCAUUUUUCAGUUGGCCGUUGUACGUUAGUGAAGGCAUGCUCACGCGCAACGUUUUUAUCAGUGGGUCUUGGGCUUUGGCUGCAUGUAAGCUGGGAAUGUAUUUUAGGGCAGUAUCUCAGAUAGUCUCCAUUCUGAGCCUUGUGUUAAUCGCUUUGGACAGAUUUGUUGCUAUCGUUUUCCCCUUCAAAGUUUCUGUGAUGAAUGGGAAAAUUCGAGUGAUUUUACUGUUGGUGUCUUGGUUGAUACCUUUGCUUGGUGUUCUUCCUUAUGCACUCUUUUCCAAGAUAACUACAGUAGAGAACCAAAGAGUUUGCAGGUUCAUCGCGAGCCAGGAAGUCAAUCGGAUUUUACACGCAAUCGGCAUCACUAUAGGAUACUUUAUUCCCCUAAUAACGAUCAUAUGUCUGUAUUCCAUUAUAACGAUAAAACUGAAACAGAGUACCAAGAACUGUAACAUUCAAGCGAGCCAAGAUAACGUGGAACGAAGCCAGCAGAGUAGAAAGAUUCUUAAAAUCUUGAUAACUAUUGUCAUUGCUUUUUUUGUUUGCUGGACGCCACUCUGUAUUUAUGUGUUUCUUAGAACGUUUUUCCCGGCUAUUUUCCCACGCGAAAAAUGUUUCUUAUUCACGAGCUUUUUUUUCUAUGUUUUUCCGUCUUUAAGUACAGCCAUUAAUCCGGUCACUCUUUUUUUGUUUAGCACAAACUAUAAACAAGCCUUGAGAACUCUGAGUUCUAAGGUUUUUCUUCUUUGUAGA